CGCGUUUUGGUUGGCUGUAAAAGUGCCAUUUUGCACUGCAUCAUCUUCAAGUCCUGACUGCGCAUCCCAUCAUUGAAGCUUUUGCUGCUCGUCGAGUCGAGUCAGAUCUCCUGCAUUGCCAGUCCAUUCAUCCGAGUCUGCUUUUUCAGUACGCAGCUGCCAGAUACCUGUGCCAGUGCCAGGAUUGGACCCUUUCAACUUCUGCAUUGGCGUCACUCCACCGCCUCCUUCGGCCAUUUCUCUGCUUCGUCCUUAAUCCUCCAACUUUACGGCUGCGCCUCUUCGCCAAGUACCCUCAGCACCCCUCAAACUCCAACCGACGAGUCCUCAGAACCAUGUCUGUUGUCUCUGCAGCAUUCUCGAGCACAUCGACAAGUAUCCUGUUCAGCGAUACCUAACAAUGAACCCAUCGACUGUUCGUUCCGUUGUCCUUCCACGAUACCCCUAGGGUUGACGGCGAAACCUCCACCUAUCCUGCCAUCGCCCUUGAUUCUUCUGUCUGAGUGACAAGAUGGCUCCGCAAUGGACCUCACAGUUCUGGGAGUUCCUCCAGCAGAACGUCAUCCCCGAUGCCCUUGUCAAGAAGAGGUUGAAUUUCAUCACCAUCCACUAUAUAUACGUGAUCGGCCUAUCCCUCCUGCUUUCGGUCAUUCUCUACGGCAUUGGCGACAUUCAUUACAUCGAUGCUCUAUUCUUUGCUUCGGGCUCUUGCACUCAGAGCGGACUCAACACGAUUGAUAUCAACAAUCUAUAUCUGGGUCAGCAGGUGGUGCUUUACAUGGGGGCAAUGAUAUGCAACCCCAUCGUCGUGCAUUCCGCUGUGGUGUUCAUAAGACUUUACUGGUUUGAAAAGAGAUUCAAGGAUGUCGUCCGAAAUUCCAACCUGAUCCGCCGCACUCGGUCCAGACAGCGGACUGAAACAUUUGGCAAACCCGAUCCUGAGCAAGGAUCACUGGGAGUACGGGGUCGUGCCAUUCAAGUUCUGAGGAACACGGGCCGCACGGUUGACCCGAUGGAGAAAACGGACGGCCGGGCUAUCCAUACCAAUGGCAAGGCGGUGGAAUCGUCCAAUGAGUCAAAGCCUAAUCAUAAAGAGGCUCAGGACCCUGUUGGGGAUGACGACUAUUUGCGCCUGCAGACCACUCGAUCUGAGGACGAUGUGCGUCUUCCUCAACAAGUCAGUCCUGAACAGCAUAUCCGCUUCUUGGAGAACCAACGCAAUCCUAGUGACACGACUGCGCUGCGGAUUCCAAGUCCCCGGGAGUUCGAACGGGGUGGUCGGCCAGAGAAUGUGAACAACAGCAUCGAUGACACGCUGAUGAGGAAAAUCACCAGCGACCCGGACCUCUCUUCGGCCAACGAAAAGCGAAGUAUAGAACAGCAUACACGCGCCGAUGGCGUUCCCGCUCACAUUACCAUUGACGAGCCGCGAGUGCUUCGCGACCGCAACGAUAAAGUGUCAACCUUCCCCCGGCUGAACACGAGACAGUCCACUCAGGCCAGACAAACGUAUGACUCGUCGGAACCUGGCUCUAAUCUUAGGCGGAGAAGAUCCAAUACUUUCCGUACCUUGACCCGGAGCAAUACUGCGCGCACCAUGGACCCGGCUCCUUACCUGAGCUGGCAGCCCACCAUUGGCCGCAAUUCCCUAUUCGUCGGCCUGACCGAAGAACAGCGAGAAGAACUGGGUGGCAUCGAGUACCGUGCGCUCAAGACCCUGGCAUUGAUCCUGGUCCUAUAUUUCUUCUUGUUCCAUAUUUGUGGCAUCAUUUGUCUCGUGCCCUGGAUUCUACACAGCGGUAAAUAUGGCAAGGUGGUGACUGAUCAAAGUCAGGGCCGAGUAUGGUGGGGCAUCUUCACCAGUGGAUCGGCCUUUAACGAUUUGGGUUUUACUCUCACCAACAACUCGAUGUUGUCCUUUGGCACCGCUGUCUUCCCGAUGCUUUUGAUGAGUUUUCUGAUCAUCAUUGGCAAUACCGGCUUUCCCUGCAUGUUGCGACUCGUGAUCUGGAUCGUCUCGCAGGUGGUAUCCUUUGGCGGGCCGCUAUGGGAGGAACUUCGUUUCUUGCUCGACCAUCCGCGUCGUUGUUUCACCUUACUCUUUCCUUCCAAUGCCACGUGGUGGCUGUUCGCCAUUCUUGUCAUGCUUAAUGGCAUUGACUUGAUCUUCUUCGUCAUUCUGGACCUCAACGAUUCCAUUGUCAAACAAAUGUCCGGUGGCAUUAAGUUUGUCGAUGGACUGUUCCAGGCCGCCUCAACCAGGACUGCCGGGUUUGCCGUUGUUAACCUGGCGGAGCUGCACCCUGCGAUUCAGGUCAGUUAUCUGAUUAUGAUGUAUAUAUCCGUGUUUCCGAUCGCCAUUUCCAUGCGCAGGACCAACGUGUACGAAGAAAGGAGCUUGGGCAUCUACGGCAAAGUGGCCGACGAGGAGGAGGACGAGAGAGAGCCGAGCUACAUCGGGGCACAUUUGAGGCGACAACUGUCUUUCGACUUGUGGUAUGUGUUCCUGGGGUUGUUUAUCAUUGCCAUUGUCGAGGGUGGCCGACUGCAAAACACCAACGAAUAUGCCUUUACACUGUUCUCGGUCUUGUUCGAGAUCGUCUCGGCCUACGGAACGGUGGGGCUGUCUUUGGGGUAUCCUACCAUCAAUGCGUCCUUCUCGGCCGAAUUCCAUACGUUAUCCAAGUUGGUCAUCAUUGCCAUGCAAAUCCGUGGCCGACAUCGUGGUCUGCCGUAUGAACUGGACCGGGCCAUUCUGCUGCCCUCGGAGAGUCUGCAAGCGAAAGAGGCCAAGGAGGCGGAGCGUGUGGCAAGGCGUCGCCGGUCCUCUGCAGGACAGUCGAUGAUGUCUGCGGUGGAUGGACACCUGGAAGGCCGUCGAUUCCGUGCGGAAACCGGGCUUUCUUCAGCCACCCAGGCUAAUGAUGGAGAUGAACCGUAUCAGCGAGGGCGAGCAAACACCAACCGAACCCACCAAAGCACGGCCAGCGGGUCAGAGCAUCCUCCUCACCAUGGGGCACGACAUGGACUGGGUACGGCCCUGUACAAGCUCACUUCGGAAAUCGACUCCAUCAAGGAAGAAAGCCCGGCGACGCGUGAAAACAUGGGUUGACUGGGGUGGACAUGUUGAAACCAAAUUUUAUAUCUGUGCAGGUGUAGUUAUUUUGAGCGAAGGCGAAGGUGGAGUCUUUAUGUUCACAUUCAUACACCGGAUGACAUGACAUUGUUGACUGAGGUCUCGAAAGAACCCCGAAACCUCAUGUAUAGCACUACAGCGCAGGCAAGGAAAAGGAGCUGCUGCUCGGGUGACCUGUACCUCAGGAGGCGUGAGUUACUUUGUUUUUGUUACCUCAACCAGACUUUUACGUCUAGUACGGACCUUGGAAAAAUAGAACGUCUUCUGAACCCUUGUGGACAUUUAUGCUGAUACAUGUCCGUGAUGCGCACCUCUCACCUACUAACCCAGGUAUGUGCCUCUGGACGCCUGAGUGACUGUUUGUCCAUGCAUCAUUCGACUGCCCUGAGGUUGGACUUUGGACUGGCCGUUUAUAGACUGGCCCAGGCGAAAUGAAAGGGGAAGGGGGCGGACUCGGUCAUGCCGCGACGAAAGAGAUACCUUACUAUACCUAGUAUACCCCCGUGCCGGGAACAAAGGAGUGCUGCACGUCUUUAGCCGCCAGCGUUAAUGGAUGCAUUUGUCUCGGAGGAAGUGAAAGAAGUGCAGAAUAAUAAGCGG